AUGGUUCAGACUCUUAGUACCGAACAGUUCACGGUGUUAUGGAUACUUUUUGCAACGAUAGUCCUUGGAAACACGGCAGUUCUUGUUACACUAUUCAUUAAUAAAAGCCGAAAAUCAAGAAUGAAUUUCUUCAUCAAACAUUUAGCUCUCGCUGAUUUAAGUGUCGGACUAUUCAAUGUUCUAACUGAUAUCGUGUGGCGAAUCACAGUUACGUGGGAAGCUGGAAAUAUUGCAUGCAAAUUCAUCAAGUAUAUACAAUGUUUAACAACAUAUGCUUCAACUUAUGUUCUUGUUGCUCUCAGCAUCGAUCGUUACGACGCAAUAACACAUCCAAUGAAUUUUUCGGGAUCAUGGAAACGUGCAAAAAUCUUGGUGAUUUCCGCAUGGGUAUUGAGUGCCCUAUUUUCAACACCACAGUUUUUCCUUUACGAAGAAACACUUAUUCAAGACCGUACCCAGUGUUGGAUCGAGCUCGGUGAACAAUGGCGCUGGCAGAUUUAUAUGUCACUUGUUACCAUCGUUCUCUUUAUCAUACCAGCUAUAAUCAUUUCAUUCUGCUAUGCGAUUAUUGUGAAGACAAUUUGGGAGAAGGGAACGUAUUUAGGAUCAACAGAAAUGGGACGAAAAGGUGCUCGAAAUGGCAAUGCAGCAGAUGACGAUGAUAGUGGAAGUCGACGUGCAAGUUCUCGAGGAAUAAUUCCGCGUGCCAAAAUCAAGACUGUAAAAAUGACAUUUGUUAUAGUUAUUGUGUUUAUUGCUUGUUGGUCUCCUUACUUCGUCUUCGAUCUACUUCAAGUCUUUGAACAAAUUCCAAAAUCACAAACGAAUAUCGCUAUUGCAACGUUCAUUCAAAGUCUUGCGCCACUAAACUCAGCAGCAAACCCUUUGAUUUAUUGCAUGUUUUCGACACAGGUGUGGAAAACGUUAAGACGUUCGGCUGUUUUUCAGUGGUUUUCUGAUCCACAUUGUUGUAAAAGGCGAGAAAGUCAACAAAAUCAAUUUGGAAACGGGCGUUUGAGAGGAGGCGUAAGAAAUCAACAUCAAAGUUACGAUUCCAUGAAAACAUUCACAACAACAUCAACUGUCACAUCAAGACGCUCAACUUGCCUUCGCCCUAACCGCGUCGUAAUCAUUGAACAUCAGAAAACUAGAUUCGCUACACCAGAGGAAUACACUCAAUCAGAUAUUUUUCUGAUUGAUCUUGUAAUAAGAAGUAAAAUUUGGGUCUGA